UAUUAUUACAGUGCGCUCUCGAAAGGAGGAGACCCAAUCGCUGAGUACGUCUGUCAGUGUGACAGGCGCAGAGUGACUGAGAGAGUAGGCUGGAAUAUCAUAGUCUAGUGUAGUCUUACCCGCCUGAAACGUCUGCGCGCCUUGCACCAAGAGCGGAGUUAACACUCAGUCCGCCGAAAUUGCCUUCAACAGCGGAAUGUUUUCUCGAAGGAGCCAUGGAGACGUCAAGAAAUCUACACAGAAAGUUCUGGACCCAAAGAAGGACGUGAUAACCCGCCUGAAGCACCUACGCGCACUGAUAGAUAGCCUUGAUAAAGGAGAACUCAAGAACUUCUUUGAAACACACAACUCCCAAAUAUACUUUAUUUUCUAUGAAAAUUUCAUUACACUGGAAAGUAGUUUGAAGCAAAAAGGGAAUAAAUCUCAAAGGGAGGAGCUGGACUCCAUCCUUUUUCUUUUUGAAAAAGUACUUCAGCUUCUUCCUGAAAAAAUAUUCUUCAGGUGGCAUUUUCACAGUAUAGGUUCCAUUUUGAAGAAACUUUUGCACACAGGAAACUCUAUUAAGAUAAGGUGUGAAGGCAUUCGUCUUUUUUUACUGUGGCUUCAAGCACUGCAGACAAAUUGUUCAGAGGAGCAGCUUUUAAUUUUUGCAUGUCUUGUGCCUGGUUUUCCUGCGGCUUCUUCUGCUAAGGGUCCUUGCACUCUGGACACCAUCAUUAAUAAUUCCCCAAAUAAUAUUGCAGAUGGCAAAAUUCUUCCUGAAGAAAUUGUACCUCUGGUGCCAGCAGUUCCAGGUGAAAAGAUUGCAGAUGACCAGACAUGCUUCUUUCUUGAAGUUGUUCUGAAGUACAUGGUUAUUCAGGCUUCAGGUUUAGAAUGGAGAAGCAAGGAGAAUGAAGACACUGGAUUCAUAUUUUUGUUCACACUUUUUAAGAAGUAUUACCUUCCUCACUUGUUCCCAAAUUUUACUAAGUUUACAAACUUGUAUAAACCUUUACUAGAUAUUCCUCACCUCCGACCAAAACCACUGUAUGUUCCGAUUACUCGUAACAGUGAAACUACUUACUGUACAAGAGAUCAGUAUCUAGGAGCACGGGUUGCUUUCAUUAAUUGGCUUGUGACCUUCUUUCUGGAAAAGAAGUAUAUUACAACACAGAACAUAAAGAAUGGCACAGAAGUCUUUCCAAAAAUUAUACAGACUGUAACAGCUACUGGUAUAGUUCAAGAGAAGAACACUGAGUCAGAGACAAGUGGACCUUCUGAACCUGAUAAAAACCAUUCCAACAGCAGCACCCUGUCUGAUAGAAGGCUUAGUAAUUCAAGUCUCUGUAGUGUUGAAGAGGAACACCGUGCAGUUUAUGAUAUGGUGCAGUCAAUAUUGCUUCAUACUAGAGACAACAUCAAUUUUGUUAAUGAAGUAUUUCGCCAGGCCUUUUUGUUACCACCCUGUGAGGCAUCAACUGUGAGGAAAGUGACAAAAGUUUACAGAAAAUGGAUUUUGUUAGAAAAGCCAUUUUUUAUGAUGGAGCCAGAAACAGCAAAGUCUGUAGAGAAUGUUGAAAAAAGUUCUGACCAAAUACAAAAAACAGAAACAGAUUGUCCACAGUCUGUUGAGCACCAUGGUCAUAGACGGUCUUCUAGCUGGGGCAGAACAUAUUCAUUUAGUAGUGCAAUAAGCAGAGGCUGUAUGAUGGAAGAAGAAAACAGGGAUAUUAAAGCUGGAAUACAACCUGCACUCCAGGUUUUCCUUACUAAUUCUGCCAAUGUGUUCUUACUUGAGCCAUGCCCUGAUGUUCCAAAACUUGUGGAAGAGCAAGUUGAUGUAUGCAAAAAUGUUCUGUACAUUUACAGGCGAAUGAUUAUGGAGCAGUCAAUGAAUAAAAAGACAUGGGAACAAAUGUUACAAGUGCUGCUUAGGGUGACUGACACUCUGGUGCGAAGACCACAAGAUGGCCAGGGAAAGGAUAUAUUUGCUGAGAGUCUUGCUGGACAGCUAUUCCGAACUGUUGUUGUGGCCUGGAUCCGAGCCAAUUUAAGUGUGUUCAUCUCUCGGGAGCUCUGGGACGAACUACUUGGCGUUCUGUCAUCCCUCACUGAUUGGGAAGAAUUGAUCAAUGAAUGGGCCUACAUUAUGGAUUCAUUAACAGCAGUACUUGCAAGAUAUGUAUAUGGCCUAGACAUGAGUAACUUGCCACUUGACAAACUGAGUGAACUAAAGGAAAAGAAACAAAGGGGAAGAGGUGGUGUCCAGGAUGUGCAGAAGGGAGCUGGUGUUGGUAGGUCAUUCUCUUUAAGCUGGAGAAGUCAUCCUGAAGCACAGGAGCCAAUGAGGUUGAGGAGUGCUACCACUUCCGGAGCUCCAGGAGUGGAAAAAGCAAGAAACGUUGUUCGACAAAAAGCAACAGCUAAGCGAAGCCAGUCUAUCAGCAACUGUGCUCACCUUUAUGAGGCUUUGCCUACUACUAAAAGUGUACCUCUGCUGCUUCACACUAUGAGCUCUUUCUUACCUGGUAUAUCUCACAACUCUAGCUCUCAGAGACUUUCAGAAGUGGAGGAACAAGGAGAUGCAGCAUCUGAUACUGAGGGUUUGGGAGUUGAAGAGGAUCAACAGCAAUUGACCCGUAGCAGCAGCACUUCUGAUCUUGUACAAAAUUAUUCCUCUGAUUCAUUUCAAGGGAAUAAAAGUGAAAAUAUAACCUCAGACAUUGGGACAAUGCGAAUUCAAGGUGAUACAUCAGGAAGAAAGGAAAAUGAAACACCAUUGAUUUUAAUCAGACGAAGUAGCAGCCCUGCUGAUUUGGAGUUUUCUGGAAAUGGCAGUAUAUUUACUGCAGGUCAAAAGGUUCGGGAAAAAAGUGAAAGUAUCAGUAGUGAAACCUCUAAUGGCUACCUCAGUGAAAAUGAAGCUAUCAUACCCUGGCAGUCUUUAGAAGAGGAUCAAGAUGUCAUUUCUCCAAGUGAUAUUACUACUGAUUCAUAUGGACCCCAAAAUCUAAUGCAUAUAAGUCAUUUAGCAUUGACAGGUUCAGAUGGCAACGUGUCAACUUACUUUGAGCCUUCUUCACAACCCCUUAUUACCUCUGCUUCUCCACCAUUAAUUGUCUUACCUGACUGCAAAGACUCUCCCCCGCUUUUGGAUGACAACAUGCACCACUCGGUUUUGCAUAUAACUGAAGAUCUAGACAGCAGUGAAUGUUUAGCUGAUGACACCAGCAUUAUAGCAGGAGGAAGUCUCGCUGGAUGGCAUCCAGAUUCUGCUGCUGUGCUUUGGAGAAGAAUUCUAGGAAUUCUAGGAGAUGUAAACAGAAUUUGCUGCCCAAAUAUACAUGCUAAAGUUUUCCGAUACCUGUAUGAUCUGUGGCAUAAACUGUCAAAGAUAAGAGACAAUCUUGGGAUCAGCACUGACAACCAUUCUUCACCUCCAAGGCCUGUUCUUAUCCCUCCCUUAAGAAUGUUUGCAUCAUGGUUGUUCAAGGCAACUACACUGCCUUCUGAGUUUAAAGAAGGAAAACUUCAGGCAUACCGGUUAAUCUGUGAAAUGAUGACAAAAAGACAAGAUGUCCUACCCAAUUAUGAUUUCUUAGUUCAUUUUUACUAUGUGAUGCACAUGGCCUUCAUGAGUAAUGAUCAGGAUGUUUUGAACAUCAUCAUUAGACAUUGUUCUCCACAGUUCUUCUUCCUCAGUUUACCUGGAUUCACAAUGGUAGUGGGUGAUUUCAUCACAGCUGCAGCUCGAAUUCUCAGCUCUGACACUUUGGAGUACCCACGGACAGAAGCAACAACUAUUCUUGGGUCCAUAGUCUGUUUCUCAAACCUUUACAGGCAAAUGCCUUCACUGCAGCCCAUAACUGGAUCAACAGACAUCAUCUCAGGGAAUGAAGAUAUAAAGGAUUAUUCUAUCAGCAUUUUGUUGAUGAGUGCAAAGAACGAACCAAGUGAAAGUGCAAGGUGCAUUGCAAUUUGCAGCUUGGGGAUCUGGAUCUGUGAAGAACUACUGCAGUGCACUAAUCAUCCUUGUGUUAAAGAUGCAAUAAACAUAAUGGGUGUAACACUAAAGCUGUCAAAUAAAGUGGUGGCCCACCUCGCAUGUGAUAUUUUUCGUCUUCUUGUCUGUCACUGGCACAAUCUUCAAAAAUAUGAAUUAUCACUUCCUAAGAAAAUUACUGAAAUUUUUGUUGCCACAAUUGCAUUUCUUUUGCCAAGUGCAGAACAUUCGAUUGUAGAGGCAGACAAAAAGCUAAUGGUAUCACUGCUGCUCUGUUUGUUGGAUUGGUGCAUGGCAAUUCCUUUGAAUACACUACUAGAGCCCAUUACCAUGCCAGUACUUGAGGAUCUAAGCUCACAAAAAGCUCCUCUGCUGGACUAUAUUUACAGGGUAUUGCACUGUUGUAUACAUGGGUCUAAUCUCUAUACGCAACAAAGCCAUUAUCUGCUGAGCCUUGCAGAUCUUUGUGCUUCAGACUAUGAUCCAUUCUUAAAGCUUGAAAAUGUCAAGAACACUGAACCACAACAGUCUUACUUGUUUGGUGAUUUCGGUAACUUGCUCACAGUUGCUGAAGAAAAGAAGAGAAGGAACAUGGAACUGAUUCCACUGACUGCACGGAUGAUAAUGACACAUUUAGUAAAUCACCUGGGCCAUCAUCCUCUUAGUGGAGGCCCUGCCAUUCUUCAUAGUCUUAUUAGUGAAAAUCAUGAUAACUCUUAUGUUGAUUGUUCUGAUCUUUCAUCUGAAGUCUUCAAAAGUCCAAAUUUGCAACUUUUUGUAUUAAAUGACAGCACACUUGUGUCUUAUCUGCAGAUCCCUGCAGAAAAGAAUCAACCUGGUGAGCCUCAAAAGGCUAGUUCUGAUGUUCGUGUCAUUGUUAGAGAUAUUUCUGGCAAAUAUUCUUGGGAAGGUGGAUUAAUAUAUGGACCUUUGGACAGUGAGCCAUUUGUUUAUGGUAAUAACCAUAAAACAUCAUUGCCUAGUACCUUUGGCUUUCCAUCAACCUUGAACAGGAACACAGUCAACAAUGAUAAAGAGGAAGAUGAAUUGUAUAUAUUGUUGGAAAACCUUGGCAAUAGUAGUCCUGAAUGUCUAUCCCAUCCACAACUAAAUCUUAAUGAGCCAACACCCCCACCAUUUGGAAUGAGCAUUGAUCAGGAGAAUAAAAUUAUGGAAAGCAUCUUAAAACAAAGCUGCCACGAAGAGGAACAUAUUAAAAGGUGGAGCAGUGACAUUAGUAUGAAAGUAGCAAGGAAGGAAAAACCUGACUCACAAGAACCCAAAGCUCCAUUUUAUUUCUGUCGACUUUUGUUAAAUGAUUUAGGAAUGAAUUCCUGGGACAGAAGAAAACGUUUUCACAUUUUAAAGAAAAAUUCAAAGCUUUUAAGAGAACUUAAAAACCUUGAUUCAAGACAAUGCCGUGAAACACACAAAAUUGCAGUGUUUUAUAUUGCGGAAGGUCAAGAAGACAAAUGUUCCAUUCUUUCAAACACAAGAGGCAGCCAAGCAUAUGAAGAUUUUGUUUCUGGGCUUGGAUGGGAGGUAAAUCUUGCAACCCACUGUGGAUUUAUGGGAGGCCUGCAGCGAAAUGGCAGCACAGGACAAACAGCACCUUAUUAUGCUACCUCCACUAUUGAAGUUAUAUUUCACGUGUCUACAAGAAUGCCUUCUGAUUCAGAUGACUGUUUAACCAAAAAGCUUCGUCAUUUGGGAAAUGAUGAAGUUCACAUAGUAUGGUCUGAACACUCAAGGGAUUACCGAAGUGGUAUUAUACCAACAGACUUCGGUGAUGUACUUAUAAUAAUUUAUCCAAUGAAGAAUCAUAUGUUCUACAUACAAAUUAUGAAGAAGGCUCAGGUCCCAUUCUUUGGUCCACUCUUUGAUGGAGCCAUUGUAACAGGAACAUUACUGCCAAGUUUAGUGCGUGCCACUUGCAUCAAUGCCAGUCGAUCUGUGAAAUCACGACUAACACUCUAUCAAAGUUUUUAUGAGGAAAGGGCGUUGUACCUGGAAGCAAUAGUUCAGAACCACCGUGAGGCCAUGACGUUUGAAGACUUUUCUGCUCAGGUGUUCUCCCCUUCACCAAGCUGUUACACAAUGAGCGGAGCAGGUUCCUUCAGUGGCAGUACAUGUGCUGAUCUCCACCCCCCUGUUACCACAGAUUCAACAGACCAGGUCUCCCCAACGAUGCCACGUGCCACAAAGAGUCGUGUCUCUGGGAAACUCCGUCGCUCAGCCUCCGCUAUUAGUAAAUCCUCGAAUUGAAGACUUGUAUCUGUUAUGUCUGAGUCAUUCCACCUCUUGAAAUGCUUUAAAAUGCCCUGCUUUGCUGCCAGACACCAUGCUGUAAUCUGUGAAACCUGUUGCUAAAGCAGAACCUGCAAUAAACACCUCAUUUAUUCAGCACAUGUCAAUACAAAAGUAAUAUAUUUUAUAUGGUUAUUGCUUAUUUUCCUAAUUUUCAAGUAAGGUGAGCAUUUUGUAAUUAAAUUAUUUUAUUGUUUCCAUGUUGUGAUAUAUGCAGUUCUCUAUUUUGUUUUACAGUGUCUGAGGUACACACAUUAAAAAAUAUUGGAAUGAAAAUGUUCACAACCAUGCAGCACUAAAACUGUUUCCUAACACUGAUCUCUUCUGUUUUGUUUUUGUGUCCUAGACUGCAGUGUACACACUAAUAAAAAUAAUAUGAAAAGAUUAUGGCGAGACGAGAAUGUUGCAUGCUAAAAUGCCCAGAAUGUUCCAUUUAUUUUUCGUGGUUCAGGGUUAAUAUGUAGCAUUAAUAGUAAUCCAUAUUUAUAACACUAGCUUAUUUACUGUUUCACUAGGUAAAAUGAUUUCUCCACAGUACAGGUUUCAGUAUUUUUCAUAAUGGAUGUGGUUAUUUGUUAGAUAUUUACCUCAAACCAUUUCUAAGCUGUACAUUCAUGCAGACCUUUUUCAAGUUUGCAAAUGGGGCUAUUGAUGAUGGAUUAUAUUGUUUAGCUACAUCUUAAUUAUUUUGCAUAAGACCAUGCAGCAUGGUAAAAUAUGUUUGGCUAUCCAGUCAUGAACCAUUCUCUAAGUAAAUUUGUCUACAAACUUAUUUUCUGGCAGCUUCCUUUACCUGUCAAUAAUAAUUUAAUGCUUUAAUGAUUUAUGAAAUAACCAAAUGCAUGCAUUACUUUUUUAAAAUUCUUGAACACUAAUGUAUAAUGCAUGUGCAGCAUGUCUGAUACUAACAUCUUAACUGUAGCAAAUUAUUUCUUUCUUAGUUGGUAAACACUGUGUUUGUUUAUAGCUUGUGAGUAAGUGAGUGUUUUUGCAAUCAGUUACAUUUAUGUUAACAAUUUUCAUACGUAAUAAUACAUUUAUUUUGAUGUUGUGUAAAUAUGAUAAUUUGUCUUAGUUAAACAUAUUCUGUUAAGUUAUAUUUGUCAGUUUCUGUCAUAUCUUAUCAAAUGAAUGAUUUCAUUGACUCCUAUCUAAAUAUUCUCAGUGUCUGGCCCAGAAACUGGAAAGACUAACUUAGAGUGCUCUUGUAAUACUGGCCACGAGGUAUACUUUAUUUAACAUGAGCUACACACUUGCAUUAAAUAUGUUCUCAUGUGAAGCACUGCACAUUUGUCGUAAAUUCUAUUUUGUACUCUUUUGGAUGCAUGUUGUAAAUGUCUAAGUAAAUGAUUUCCCCACAUGUGUUAUAUUUGUUGUAUAGUAAGAGUGUGCUUGUAUAACUGAUCAUAGCUAGGUGGUGGUGACAUUUUUAAACUAUGGCUUUUAUUUAAAGUAACUUUUUCCAUCAAAAUCCAUUAAGUGGUUUGAAUAAUAAAAUUAAAAAAAUGUCUCAGCUGAAGCUGAGCUAUACAAACAGCCUUAAAUGCUGUGUUCAGAGGUACGAGCACAGCAAAAUGCCAGCACUGAUCUUGGGUGUUGCACCUGAUAUUUUGUUAGCUUACUCUCUGCUUAGUAGCCGAGCCUCCCUCGACACUACAGUUGCCAUGAGAGCCGCAUAUUACAUGCACUAUGGGAUCUCAGCAGGAGAUGCAUCUUUACCCCUGUUGCACUGGCUUGCCUUACUUAAAACAUAAUUAUGAAGCACUGGUGAGAUUCACAUGAGACUUGAUGUUGGCCGUGUGUGUGUGUGCGCGUGUGUGUGUGUGUGUACACAAUAUAACACACAGUAAUGUGUUUAUUAAUGAAUGUAUGCUAAUAGUAAAAUUUAAUCUUGCAUGUCUCUCUUGAAAGGAAUAUAACAAAAAAAGACUACUGUUAAUAACUUACCUUUGAUGAAACUGACUUUGUUUUGGGGAUUUUCUUUUUCUUUUUUUUUGGCACAUUCCUGUAUAUAACUUUUGUAAAGUAAAAACAAGAGAACCUUGAAAGAUUCCAACUUAUACUGUUAACAUGUCUUACUGUUUUUAAAUCUAAAUGAAGUUUAUGGAUACCUUUAUUACAAUGUCAGUUUUAAAAGAAUUAAUUAAAAUGAUUUGAAAUGAA